ACCGAACCUUAUUCUCUAAACUGUAAUCGCCGUAUCCACCAAGACAAAGUAGGAACCGUCCCAUCCUCAAGCUUCAAGACUCUACGACAUGGGUAUCUCCCGUUCGUCCCGGCACAAGCGUUCGCACACGGGUGCACAACGCCCUCACUACCGCAAGAAGCGAAAGUUCGAGCUCGGCCGUCAGCCAGCCAGCACCAAGCUUGGUCCCAAGAGGAUCCACACUGUCCGUGUCCGUGGUGGUAACCUCAAGUACCGUGCCCUCCGGCUUGACUCCGGUAACUUCGCCUGGGCUAGCGAACACGUUACAAGGAAGACCCGUAUCAUCGGUGUCGUCUACAAUGCAUCAAACAACGAGCUCGUCCGAACGAACACUCUAGUGAAGAGCGCAAUCAUCCAGAUCGAUGCUACGCCCUUCCGCCAGUGGUAUGAAGCUCACUACGCUCAACCUAUAACCAAGCGUGGAAAGAAAGAUGUUACGGCUGAGGUUACUGAGGAGAAAAAGCUGUCACACCACGCACAGCGUAACUUGGAUGAGAGGAAGAAGGAUGCCAAAAUUGACCCCCUUCUUGAAUCUCAAUUUGCUGCUGGACGUUUGUAUGCUGCUAUCAGCAGCCGGCCAGGACAGUCGGGCCGUGCUGACGGUUACGUCCUUGAGGGCAAGGAACUCGAAUUCUACCUCAGGAAGAUUAGGACUGGCAAGGCGAAGCACGCACACGCGGCAUAAGCGUGCGCGUGUACUUCUUUUGCUUUUUCUUCGAUCACGGGUUACGUCGCUCGGGAGCCAGGUGAGAUGGACUUUGGUGAAGCAGGCGAAGCAUCCAUGAGUGUAUCAAAACGGCGGCUACGACUUCGAUCUUUUCUCCUCCUGCACAUACUGUAUGAAAUUAUGUUCCAUAUGCUCUUUUGCAAUGCAUGCUUUCGCCUUCGCCUGAUCUUUGGGAUGCUCCGUUAUGAUUGCAAAACGGAGAUGUCCUGGCACUCUCCGAUCGGUGUCAUCUGUCGCCGUCUGACGCUGCAAAUUUUUGAGAGUUGCGAUGAACCGGGCAGUAAAGAUUGCACAGAUUG